AUGGUCUUGCGCCGCCUAACACCAGACAAGGCGGACUUUGUGUUCAUCAACGACCGCGAAGACUAUAACGGCCGCUUAUUCGACUUCAAUUCUCCUUUAGAUCUAUCAGAUCCAUCUUUAUUUGAGAGUCUCAACGAGUCAAUCUCUAUCCAUCCCAUACUAUUCGGUGAUGUCGUUCUAGCAGACAUCGUAGAGCCGAACGAUGCCGUCGCUGGUCUAGAUUUACCAAGCGACCAAUCACAUAUCGAUCGCCUGGUCGAGUUCUACUUUGCUCACUCCCAUACAUUAUACCCCAUCGUUCACCGCAGCGAGUUUCUCCAGAGCUUGAGACACAUGCGAGAACAUCCUCAAGACCCAAAGGUCAAUUCCCCUCUGUGCCUCUUCAGGAUAUGGAUGGUCCUGGCGAUUGGAUCCACGGCGUACUCUUCUGUCUCGCUAGCAGAAGAGUCGGAGUCGAGGGUCUACUAUAACAAGGCCCUGGAGUACCUUGAGCAAGCUAUGUCGUAUGGUGAAAUGGCUGCGCUGGAAGUCAUCAUGUUACAGGUGUCAUAUUCCUUUUUCAAUCAACUAGGUCCGAACACCUGGUUUCUGGUCGGUGUGGCUGCUCGCUUGGCUUUAGGUAUGGGCCUACAUACUUCUUCAACAUACGUUGGCAUGCCCGUCGACAUGGAGCAGAGACGCAAGCGUAUAUUCUGGUCUAUUUACAUGAUGGAUCGGUGA